AUGACCCACGGUAACCAACGCGAGCUUGCCCGCCAGAAGAAUAUGAGAAAGCAGAGCGACUCGGUUAAGGGAAAGCGCCGAGAUGACGGGCUUUCUGCUGCUGCCCGCAAGCAGAGGGACUCGGAGAUCAUGCAGCAGAAGCAGAAAAAGGCAAACGAGAAGAAGAAGGAACCCAAGUAG